AUGGGGCCCGGGCUGCGCCUCGCCUUCCGGAACUUGUACCCGGUGAAGUCUCGACAGACCCAGUGCUACGGCGCCGCGGGCUCCAAGAAGUGGCGAAGCAUCGAGAUCCCGGGGAACUACUGCGAGUUCGAGUUCUCCUCGGACGGGGACGGCAUGGGCUUCCCCGAGCAGCGCUGGGGCUUCUGGGCGCUGAUCAGCGCCAAGCCCCCGGACCUGGAGACGCCCAAAGACCAGGACACGAACUUCACCUUAGAGGUGGAGAAGAAGGAGGGUGGCUUCCUGGGCAUUACGACGACGGAAGCUGGGGGCUCCUGCAUAGUGACAGGCCUGGAGCCAGGCGACACACCGGUCCAGGCGUGGAACGCGGCCCAUCCCGACAAGGCGCUCAAGGUCCAUGACUGCAUUGUGCAGGUGAACGGUGUCAAGGCAUCCUAUGAAGCCAUCCUGGACGAGCUUCGGAAGUUCCAGAAGCACGAGAUUGUGGCAAAGCGAAUGAAGCGGCCCACCUGCAGCCUGAGCCAUCCCCUGCAACCUGAUCCGCGUGUCUUCAAUACGUGUGACGUGUGCGGAGUCUCCGGCACAGAGUUCCGUUGCCCCAGCGGCUGCGAUUACGACAUGUGCAUGUCCUGCUUUCAGAGCCUCACUUCUGGGCCGGUGCAUUGCCCGCUGGAGGACAUGAACGCCUUUGCGGACAAGCGAGUGAAGGUGGUUUGCCGGGCGGAAGGCAACCAGGACGACCCUGAGGUGGAGCGAGACAGUUGGGACGAGCAGCGGCUACGUGCACUCUGCGCGCGGCACGGCUGGGACUUCGAGUGGAUGACGGAGGAUGGGGAGCGCCAACGAAGGGCCGACGAGCGAUUCAGCGAGUGGAAGCUGGAGGAGUCGAUGGCCUCCUUUCUGCACGAGGACUCCGAGACGCCGGAUGCCCAGCAACUGGACCCGGUACAGGAAGAGCCUGCCCCACCAGUGCUGCAGCGAAUCAACUCGUGA